AUGGAUACUGUGGACAAUAGAGGAAAAGAGGCUGUAGCCAAAGAUGAGGCAGAUAAAUCUGUGUAUCCAUGCGAUAUCUCUGCCGAGCUGGUGCCACAGCUUUACAUGGAAUUCGAAUCUGAGAAAGAUGCUUAUGACUUUUACAACCAUUAUGCCAUCAAGGCAGGCUUCAGUGUACGGAGAGGUAGAGACCACAAGAACAAAAUGGGCGAGGUGCAAGAUAAGUCAUAUUUUUGUUCCUGUGAAGGGUAUUCUCUGAAAGAUAAAAAAGAUGAGAACGCCAAAGGUGCUCGUCUAUUGACGCGGAAUGGUUGCAGGGCACAGAUGAAGAUUUCCAGUAGGACAACCGGAAAGUUUCGUGUUGUAAGGUUUAUAGCAGAACAUAACCACAGGCUUGCACCCCCCAGUAUGUGCCAUCUAUUGAGAUCACAGCGGUACUUAACAAGCAAAGUUGAAAAGAGCAACGAUGAAAAUGUUAUGCCAAAGAUGCCGUCUGACUUGAUGGUCUCUCAUGCUGAUGUGCAUGAUGACUCUGGUUUUCCUCACGUUGGUUAUACAAAUUGCCUAUGUACCAAGCGAGCAAAACAGAUGAAGAUCGGUGUAGCAGGAGGGAUAUUAGAAUAUCUGCAACAUAUGAGAGACAAUGAUCCCGAUUUCUUCUGUGCAAUCGAAGUGGAUGUAGAAGAUAAGGUUACAAAUGUUUUUUGGGCUGAUGGGAAGAUGAUCGUUGACUAUAGCCAUUUUGGUGAUGUUACUUGUUUUGACACCACAUACAAGAGAUUCAAUGAAAAUUGCCCACUUUGCUUGUUCACCGGCGUGAACAACCACAAACAGACUAUUAUAUUUGGUUCUGCCUUUAUAUAUGAUGAAACAGUGGAUUCGUUUAAAUGGUUGAUGGAUACUUUCACGAAGGCUAUGGGUGGUAAAAGGCCAAAAACCAUUAUAACAGAACGUGACGACGCAAUUACCGCAGUUGUUGCAUCUCAGUGGCCUGAAACUCACCACAGGUUGUGCUUGUGGCAUAUUUAUCAAGAUGUUGUGAAGCAACAUAGUAGUUUGGCUGGUAUUAAUUCAAAGUUUUCCAAGGACCUCCAGAGUUGUUUAUAUGAGUGUGAAGAUAAAGAUGAAUUUGAAGGUACGUGGUGUGCAUUUCUUAAGAAAUAUGAUCUCACAGAUAAUGCGUGGUUGAGUCAAUUAUAUGGAGAUAGAGAGAAGUGGGCUUUGGCAUAUGGAAGGGACAAAUUUUGUGCAGAUAUGACUGGCAAUCAGAGAAAUGAUCGUAUGAACUAUCAACUGAAGAAAUAUUUGGACCCUCAAUUUGAUAUUGAAGAAUUUCUUCAGCAAUUCAAUGUGCUGGUUGAAGACAUCAGGGAUGAGGAAUUGAAAAAGGACUUCAAAGCAAGUCAUGCUGUCCCGACUUUGGUUUUUCAGUCGGAGAUUUUGAAGCAUGCUUCUGUAGUGUAUACACCAACCUUAUUUUUGAUGUUUCAAAGUGAGAUGGAAAAGGUUUGGGAUUCCGAAAUGCUCAUUUCCAGUGAGGUUGGGACAUUAAGCGAGUAUAAAAUUACUCCCUUUGGAAAAACUCAGGCACAUACUGUUAGGUUUAAUGCAGAAAAUUGUACAGUUUCCUGUAGCUGCCAAAAAUUUGAGUUCAUGGGGUUAUUAUGUGCUCAUGCUUUGAAGAUCAUGGCCUUUAAGAAUGUUAGGAGGAUACCAGAUCAAUACAUAGUGAAAAGGUGGACUAACGAUGCAAAAGAUACAAGAGAGAGAAUUCACCAUGCAUUCACAGACGUAGCAGAUCCAAAGGAACGAGUAUCCAACCGUCACAGAGAUUUGCGCAUGAAUUUCAAUAAAUUAGCAGCUAGGGCAGCUGAAACGGAAGAAACGUAUGCCUUUGCUUGGACUGAGCUGGACAGAGUAAUGUUCCUGGUUGAAGAUAAGCUGAAAGCACUUUCACUCCGGAAUCACAAGGUUCCUGGGCGCAGUGAAAGUGGAACAGAGCGGGUAGAUACGGAUGCUGCUUAUGAGAACGGAACGAAUCAUAUUUAUGAUGUCGAGUCAGCUUUGGCGUCCAAAAACAUAAAGAGGAAGAAAUUUGAUACCUGCAUUGGCUCGAAGAGGAAAAAAGGUUCUAUAUUGAAAGCCAUGACUAAAGGAAAAGGUCAAAAGGAGGCAGCUGAAGCAGAUGAGCUCUCUCCUCCUCCUCAACCUGUAGCUGUUCAAACUGACACCAUUAAUUCAACUUCACUAAGUCAACAGGUGAUACAAGGAAACAGACACCUUCCUAGACUCAUGUAA